GAAGAAGAGGCUCGUUUGCUGGAAGAGUCUCGGCGACGUGCUGCUGAGCGCAGAGCUCCCGUUGCUGGCGCUGCUCCAGAGAUCAGCCACACCCCCAGUGACCCAGCUUCUCAGCGACGACAACAGCGUGCCCAGGAAGCCAGUGGCCACACCCGGAUGCCAUCAUCAUCCUUGGCCCAGCAGCAACCCUCUGCUAUCCCACCUCCACUGAGACCUAGAAAUGCUCAGACCCCGCAGAACUUUAGCUCUACGCCCCAGCCGGGUGCCGGAGCAGCCCCAUCGCAACCUGGCGCGGACCCGACAUCACAAGCCAUGGGCUCCACUCGGGUUAAGAAUUCGUUUCCUCAUGCUUUUGAGCGCUGGGAGGCCCUGUCUGCGCACUGGGAAGGUAUGACCAGCUUUUGGUUGCGCAGGCUUCAGGAAAAUACAGAUGAGGCUGAGCGAAACCCAAUAUCGUCUCAGCUCUCUCGCCAAGUUGCAGACUUGUCGGCUGCAGGCGCCAAUCUCUUCCAUGCCGUUGUCGAACUGCAGAGACUGCGUGCCAGUUCUGAGAGGAAGUUUCAACGUUGGUUUUACGAAACUCGUUCUGCCGAAGAGCGUCAUCAGGAAGUCAAUGCUACCCUGCACGCUCAACUUGAGCAGGAGCAACAGCGACGAAUUGAGGCUGCUGACAAUGCGGCGAAAUACGAAGCUGAGAACGCCAAGCUUCAGAAAUUGGUUACCGAAAUGCGACGCGAAUUGCUUAUCUCCAAGGAAGAAGCCCGCCGGGCGUGGGAGGAGCUUGGUCGUCGCGAACAGGAAGAGCGUGAGCGUGUCGCUGCUUUGCAGCAGGGCGCUCCAACCACUGUUGGGGGUGUGCCCGUUGUCGUGAUGACUCAAAGUGUCCCGAGCCGUGAGCCAAGCCGUCACCAGCGUUCGCAAAGCCAGCAAACCGCCGACACUUCGGAAUACAUCGCUGCCCAAGGACCUCAAUACCCCGACUAUGCUCAAUCCACGACUUCUCAACCUCGCGCUUCUUCGCCGGACAACCACCCAGGAUAUUUCGUUCCGACCAAUGAACCUCCUCGCCAAGCUCAGUAUGCUGCCGAGUCCGAAGCUGGUUACGACGAAGGUACGUGUUCCUGCACGUACACUGGACAACCCGACUACUCAGGACAAAGUUUUGCGGCUCCCGGUUGGGAACAAAUGCCUCGACACCACCAUCCAACUCGGCUCAGUGACGUUCUAGAGGAAGACGAGCGCAGUCGGACAUCGGCGAGCCAAGUCAGUCGAGCCUGA